UUACAAUCGUGAGUUCUUUAGCAACCAGGGUAUCAUCAGACACAUCCGCCUCCGGAUGCAAUCUUUUGGAGAGUUACUUUUUUGUUCGUCCUAGGGUAGGUGGGCCCCCAAGAGGAAGGCUGUUUCAAGGGGUGUGUGUGUGCAAUGGAUAAAUGAGCAGGACCAAUCAUCCACCAUGGAGUACAACUUGCACAGGAAGAGGAACUUAACAGCAGUCCUCAAAGCCAGCAUUUAUGAAGUGCAUGAUCGUGCAGAAUUCGCUUUGCUUACGAAACGUUUGUUAGCAGCAACCGAAGAAGUAAUUAGCAACCCCCUGCAUCAUGACAUCUGUUGGGGCUCUCCUUUCAAACUGCGGCCUGUGACAACUAUUGUGAAAGUACGAGUCCCUUCCUUGCAGACAAUAGAAUCUGAGCGGCUUUUGGAACGCCAAAGGUUUGAGAAGAUUGAACUCCAACACAAAGUUGCACAGCAAACAGAAUCGGAAUUUAAAAGGAGGAGAUUUUUGGCAAGAAGACCACUGCCACCCUUUGCUUUCAAUUAGGCCUUACGCAGGCCCGCUGUUUAUCCGUCUGUCUUUCCAGUUUGCCGUGGUCCAGACAGUCACGUCAGGCCGCUCAAUGCAUUUGUGGGCCAAAUGAGUAGGCCAUCCAAACACUUUUUCCAAGCACAGCAUGGCCGUGUUGUGAACCACAUCAUGGUUACUUUAAUGAUUAAAGACAGAAUUGGAAAAUGGAUCACUAAUUCCUAACGGUCAUUACCAGGGCUGACAUGCUGGUCACUUGAUUGGUCAAAUACGGUCAGUUAACCACUUAUUUCCCAGUCACUGUCACAUAUUCCCUGACACCAAAAAUGCCACGGCGUGGUAGCUUCCCUGCUUAAUUUAAUUCUGUAUAAUUUCAAGGGCAGACAUAAGGGCUGCUUUUCCCCUAGUCCUCCGGCAGUCAGAGGAAAGCCCAGCAGAAAAGCAAAGUUUCUUCUACCGUCUUAGUGGCCUCUUCUCCUUCUGACAAAGGUCAUUGCUCAGGACCACUAAGGCCAUGUGGCCCCUCCAAUCCCUGCAGCCCCUGCCGGCUCCGUGACGGAGCUGGCAGUCAUGUGAGUGGCCGAUCAGGCCGCCCAGGGCUGCUUCCCUGCUCAUCUGCGGGGAGAGCGGGCUAAGCUGAUCGUGAGACUUGCCUCACUGGGUUGCUGGAGAUAUGGAUCUCAGGUAGGUCAACAACGAUCUCAGCAUUUUAUUGCCUCUGUGUUGUGGAAUUUGUUCUUAAAGAUGGGCAUAGCAUCAAAACAGAACUAAAGGCUAUCGAGUUAAAAGCCAAUCCACAUGAUCUGUAUCUUUUCCAUGUAUCACAUGUCCAUGUAUCACAUCUUUUCCAGUAUCACAUGAUCUGCUGCUUUUCCAUUUUUUAAAAAACCCCUUCUUGCACAUAGUAAACUGUGAUGUCAGGGAGAAGGCUUACCUAGCAACCGUCUCUAUUUUUUGAGGCCAGAUUCUGUGUACAAUCCGCCACCGCCCCCACCAUAGGAGAGCAUUUAGCUAUGUAAUCCCCUGCCUGUAAUCUGAAGUGGUACAGUCCAGGAAAUGGUGUGCCAGAUGGUUUUGUUCCAUGUGUAUAUUGACUCUUAAGACACUGGCAUUUUCCUGUAUGCUAUAGGAGCAUAUUUGGCCAUCGGAGGAAAGGUACCACCAAGUUCAGGAGGACACCAGUGUGGGAGGCUGGGUAUGCUGGGAGUUGUAGUUCAGCAACAUCUGGAGGGCCGCAGGGUGGGGAAGCCUGCAAGAAUCCAUUACUGUGAUCAAAAUGUGUUUGAAGACCAUAAUAUAAUUGUAAUCUGGUGACCUUUCUCUUCCUCCAUUUAUAUUAGUUUGGAAGCAUUGCUGGAGACUUAUUGCUUCUGGCUGUAGCAAUAGCCACCAUGUUACUGUACGAAGGUGUUUGGAAUGUGGACCUUUUGUGAUAGUCUGUGCUGUUUUCUCAUUCACUGGCUACCUUGGCAGCUUCCUAUUGGCCCUUCUCACCUGUCAGUCUUGGAAAAGGUACUUGACAAAUUCUGUACACGGAAGCACAUUUGGUGGCAUUUAGUGGGUGGUUGGAGCUGGCUGAAUUUGGCAGAACGGGGCAGGGGAUUCUUCAUUCAAAAAAAAAUCUGCUUCAUUUUUCUGCAAGAAACUUAAGGCAGCAUACAACAAUCUAAAUACACACACACUCAAACUUUUUAUUUUAUUGUUAAAUUUAUUAUAUACUGCCUUUCAUUAAAAACAAUCCCAAGGCGGGGAUUCCUAAUGAAAUUAGACUUCCUAAUGACAUUAGAGUUCCCUAAUGAAAUUAAAGUUUCCCCUUCUCUGUAUGUUUUUAAGAAGGACCUGAAAACAUACCUAUUUAUUCAGGCUUUUAGUUUAUAGUUUUAAAGCUUCAGGUUUUAGAGUUUUUAUUCAUCUUUUAAAAUGGUUUUAAUUGUGUUAAUGUUUUAAUGGUUUUUAGAUUGUGAACCGCUCAGGGACUUUUUUUGUAUAGGAUGGUAUAAAAAUGUAAGAAAUAAAUAAAAAUAAAAGAAUAGCAAUAAAACAA